GUCGCUCUGAGUACGCUUAAAGGGUCAAAAAAGAAAAAGAGGAAGAAGAAAGGAUUAAAAUAAUUACGGCAUCACCAACAGGAUUGCAUUUUCCAGAAGGUGGUUAACCAGCCGUACCGGAACCACGAAACACAGGGUCCGGGGUAGCACGGCGGACUAACAGGAACACCGCCACGCCGGCAGCAAAACUCAUUUUGGUCCCCGCCCCGUUCCUCUUGUUCCUUCCUAACUCCUUCCCCCUUUGCUGAUUCUGGAACGGAACCCUUUUUUAAUUCGUCCCAGUAGAAAGUAGGACCAAUUUCGUGAACGCAAUCCGGAGUGGCCAACAUGGCGGCGGCCGUAAGGUGCGUGGGUAGAGCAUUGAUGCGUCAUCAAAGGCAUAGCCUUUUCAAGGUGGUUUAUCAGACAUCACUUUGUCCUUGUUCUGUAAAUGUUCAGGUGCCCAACAGACAUUUUGCUGCUGCUACAAAGCCUGCAAAGAAAAAAAAAAAAGUUUUGACCCAAGGUCUGUCUCAUUUCUUAGUUCUCAAAGACGUGGAGCCAUUUACCAGUGUUGUUAGUUUGCCAUACCCAUUUGCUUCCGAAAUCAAGAAAGUCGCUGUAUUUACAGGGAAUGCAUCAGAGGUCGAAAUAGCAGAAGAAAAUGGAGCUGCAUUUGCAGGAGGUACUAAUCUGAUACGGAAGAUUUUGGAUGAUGAAAUUGUUGUAGACUUUUAUGUAGCUGUUCCAGAAAUAAUGCCUGAACUUAGUCAAUUGAGGAAGAAACUGAAUAAAAGAUUUCCAAAGUUUUCUCAAAAUUCCAUUGGCCGUGACAUCCCCAAAAUGCUUGAAUUUUUUAAAAAUGGACAUGAAAUUAAGGUAGAUGAAGAAAGGGAGAACUUUCUCCAGACCAGAAUAGCAACAUUGGAUAUGUCAAGUGACCAGAUAGCUGCCAAUCUGCAAGCAGUUAUUAAUGAAGUUUGUAGGCACAGACCGCUGAGUUUGGGUCCCUUUGUGAUACGUGCUUUCCUUCGUAGUUCAACAAGUGAAGGUUUAUUACUCAAGAUUGAUCCAUUGUUGCCUAAAGAAGGAAAAAAUGAAGAAAAUGAAGAAGAAGAUGCCUAAAUGUGUUGAACUGUGAAAUUAUUUUCAGUGGUUUAAGAAGCAAUGGAGAAAAUUAGAAAACUGCAUAAUUUUUACAUUUGGUAUCUCAUUAUUUCUUGAUCGUACUUCAAAGUGAACUUUAACAUUGAAAAUUCUUGCAACCAUUUCAAGAAUAAGAAAAUAAAAUUUUCUCUUUGCCUGAAUCUGC